GCAAGUUUAAGCCGUUUGUGGCUACAUCCGAAAUACGUGUAUUUGUGCAAGCCCGGCAUAACAUUUGUAAGGAAAAGACAAACGAUCAAAAAAUAAACCUGUAAUAAAGAGACAUUCACAAACAAUUGAAGUAGUGAAAAGUACAAAACUACAUUUUCUUCUCCAGCUGAACAAAAAAUGGCAGAUUCAACAAUUUAUUACAGAUUAGGUUGAGAUUUGCAACGACAUAAUAAUAUGUGGAAAACUUAACGAUAACAAGUUCUCAAUGAGUCGUCUACAUUGCCGGCGUCUAUGGAUUAUCUAUUGUCAUAUUUGCAGUCACUAUUAUUUUGAAAGAUAUCAUUGUUAUUAAUUUGUUUCAGAAAUCAGAACUCCUAUUCAUUAUUUAAAUAUUUCUGUUUUUUAAUUACUUGUGUUUGGUGUGUAACUUAGUUACAGUGUACGGACAUGGAAGGAAUACAGAUAAUUACUCAGGACUUUGUGAAUGUCCAUAUAACAAAGUCGGGUGGUGAGGAUGCCGCACCGAUAGAACGUCGAUUUAAGAAAGAGAUCAGUAUCCAAGACUUUAAGACGAAACUAGAGUUACUGACCGGUGGCUCCGCAGUGACCAUGAAAUUAAAACUCUAUGACAACAAGAAUAAUUACAUUGGUGACCUCGACAACGAUCAGACAAUGAUAGGCUCCUACCCCAUAGAGGAUGGUAUGAGGAUACAUGUCAUUGAUAAUUUUUCACUCGUCAAGGAUUUUGACACUUCAGAUACUGCUGAGAGAUUCCGUCUGUCGGAGGAAGAGUACGAGAAAAAGGGCGACACCUUGAGAUCCUUCCUCCAGAGAAACAAGCUGGGGAAAUACAACGAGGAGGAGAUGAACAAGAUGAGGGAACAGCAGCAGAAGGAGAUGGCGGAGGAGGCGGAGCGCGCGGCGGCCGCCGUGGUCGGGGCGAGGUGCGAGGUCAACGUGCCGGGGGCCGGGCCGCGCCGAGCCACCGUACGCUACAACGGACCCCUGGACGGAGCUCGCGGACUCUGGAUAGGAGUACAGUAUGAUGAGCCCCGAGGGAAGAACGACGGGGAGGUUAAUGGCAAGAGAUAUUUCACAUGUCCUCCCAAGUACGGCGGCUUCGUGAAACCGGUGUACGUGACGGUCGGAGACUUCCCCGAAGAAGAAACCGGUUUGGAAGACGAGAUAUAAACCCGACCGCUCUCCGAGACGCUUUACAUUACCUUUAAGGACCGUGAUUACACUUUUCGUAAUUCUGAAAAACUCUACCACCAUGACAGCGUGACAUCAGAACAAUAUAUUUCUGCUGUCUGCUUUUAACAUCACAGCUGCUAUUUAUGUUUUUGUUUUUUAUAUACUCUUUUAUGUUUAGGCUUUGUAAUCAUGAUAUAUUAUGUGUUUUACUGAAUCACUGUAGUGGAGUUAAGGGAAACGUGCCUCUAUAUAUAAUAUUAAUAAAAUUAAAAAACAUUUUAAAAACAAUCAGAGGCAGUUAAAAAUUAACAUUCCGUGAAAAGAUGUUUAUUUGCAAUUCUUUUAAAGUUGCCCUUCGGAUCAAUAAACCGAUAUGUAUCGCUAA